CGUUCGCGGCUAGCCUGCGUUUUGACUGAUGUGAAGAGUGGCGAGUGGCGGACGACGCAACGGCUUGCAGAGACAGCAGACGCAAACGUUAUCCUCGUCCGAGAGUUUUUGAACCGGCAGUGCAAGAAUUGCAUGACACAUGGAAGGACGAAAGGGGACCUCUCCGUGUGGGUGUGCCCGCGUUUCUCUAGAGUUCGUUUCAUCCUGGUCGUCACCUCGGAACUCUGAAACUUCAAAGUGGCAAUCACCUGUAGUGAAAUAUUGUAAUUCUUGCGCGCAUCAAGUCAUCAUCGACCCCCUCAUUACAAAUCUGCAGCAAUGGAGGCGAUGAACCUGGUUGAAGUUGUCCUCAAUCAGGGGACUGACGAAGAUAACGAGAGAAUUUGUUCUAACCCUCCCAACUCUAGUAAGACAACACCAAUCAAAGGUAUGGAUGAGUCUGUAACCAUUACAGUCACAAGAACACCUGGCCGACCUGUUAGUGUUCAAAGAAUAGGUGGGAAACCUGCAAACUUUGCCCUCAUGUCACCUGCAAGAAAUGGCAGGAAUUCUGAUGCUAUACGACUAACACCUAGAGAAGAAAUGGUAUGCACUGGCUGUCAACGUGUUUUCAAAUACAAAGCAGCAUUUAUACGCCAUGAGGCUCAGUGUGGUUUACCGAUUGCCUUACGUAUGGAAAGGGCUGCACUGAUUGAAGCUAAAAGACAGGAGAAAGCAGCUGAGAUAGAGAGGCGUAAAUUAGAUGAAAAACAUGAAAAAGAAAAACUACCUGAUUUUCGUUGUCCAACUUGUUUAAAACAAUUCAGUGAUAAUAAUUCCUUUCAAACCCACAAUUUCAAAGCUUGUGCGGCAGAAAGAGCUUCGUAUACAUUUACUUGCAGUGUAUGCAAAGCCAAGUUCAAGUACAAGAACCAUUUACGAAGGCAUGAAGAUUCCCACAACAAUGUACGGCGGUACAACUGUGAUGUUUGCACCACUGCCUUUUUGCGUCCUGACCAUUUAAAGCGACAUAUGAUGCGAAUGCAUGGUAUUGUACAACUCCCAGCCCAUAGUGCACCUGAGAAGAUUAUUGUGAACCCAAGUCCAGGACCUCAGGCAGCUCAGACUAACUCUUUCAUAAAAAAUGCUCCCAUGCAGUGUCCAAUGUGCAAUAAAAUUCUUAGUCGCAGAGAUCAUCUUUUGAGGCAUUUACGCAAUGUUCAUCAUGCUAACUUAGAUUCAAGAAGACGGGGGCAAGAAUCUGAAGCAUUUCCUGGUUCAGAUGGUCUGCCAGAAUUUGAUCUUGGUGAUUCAUAUCAAGAUGAUGAGGAGGGGAGUGAAAGUCAGAGCAUAAAGUCUCAUGAUGGAUUGCUUAUUGAUGAGUCAUUUGAGAGUGUCAAGAGAGAAAAUAAAUCCCCAAGCCCCAUGGACACUGAUCCUAAACCUGAUAAGGUGACGGUGACUUCGAAGUAUUUCAGUAAUUCACAUGACUUGGAGCCGGUGGGCCCAAUAAAGGAAAAGCCACAAAGUAAUGGUGCUCAAUUAGAAAGGGAUAUUUCUAAUUCAUCUUUGAAGAAUACCUGUCCUGGGGCUGUUGAACAAAUCCCAGAUGAAAAGACUGGCCGCAUAAGAAGUAGUGAUGGUAACCAAAAUCUUUUGCCUAAUGGGCAUGGUGUUCGGAAUUCUGAGGAUUGGAUGACUGACCUUGCAAAGUAUAAUAGCUGGUGAUAAGUUUUCAAAGAAUUUGUGUCUAUACCUAAAACAAGUCAUUACUUGAAUGCUCAAAUAGGCUUGGAUGAUCAUGGUGUAUUAUAAAGAUAAACAUAAAAUCUUUUAUGGGAGCCACAGCCUCUUGGGUCUUCUUCAGUGUCUCCUGUGGAUUGAUACACCACCAAAAUUUCAAGGUGGUAGAACCGUAACUGCCAAUCAGCCAAGACUUUAAUUAUGCUUGGUGUUUUUUCUUGUAUUUCUACUCUUAAAUCAUGUACUUAAAAUGGAGAAUCUUUGGGUGAUUCUGAUUUGAGAAUGUGUUUGUGUUACACUAGAUUGGUCAGAUUUUUUGUGUUUUGGAUGGAGUUAAAUUUCACAUGCUGGCCAAAAAUGUAAUCAUUUUUCCCAUCAAUGAUAUUGAUUCAUUCCAUUUUGCUUGUCUUAUGUGUCUGGCAUUCUGAUGUCAUUUUAACCUUAAUGUAUGUUCCUGUUCAUUACAUAGUGAGUUGUGUAGACAUUUAAUUAAUUUCCUUCCUUUUUCCUUUACUAUGUGUGAUAAGUAGUAGUCUUGUAUGUUUACUCAAUCUAUGACAAAGUACAAGUUUACCUUAGUAAAAUCCAAAUUUGGUUGUGGUCAUACACAUUUGUGUGUUCUAUUAUUAUUUUUGUUAACUGUGUAGCAUUUAGUGUGGGAAUGUAAAUAUUUGUUUAGUUGAUUCAAUUUUUCCAUGAGUUUACUGCCAACUUAAAGUUUGUUCGAUUCAAACUCAUCUGAAAGGUACAAACAUGUGUUAAUGUUAGUGGCUGCCAUCUUUUUUUUAUUUACUUUCUUUACUAGCCCUUUUGUUUCAUAGUAGUAAACCUUAUUGUGUGUGCACAUCCGCAUGUCACUUCUGAACCUUUUCUGCAGUCAUAUGUUUUUAGCACUUUGACUGCUAGAGGUCUUGUAGUAAAAUGAGAUUUUGACCACCUGCCCGGGUGGUGCCCUUGCAGUCCAUGUGUUAAUCUUUCAAAGCACUUUUCCCUGUGAUGACAUUUUUUAAAAAUAUUGUGACAAAAAGCAUUCCAUAUUCCUUCUAAAGGGUUAUGCUAUACAUAUGUAGUGAGUGUUCUUGUUGGUGAGAAUUAGUGGUUAUUCUGAAAUGUGUUCUAUCAAGAUUCAGUAUCCUAUGUAUAAUUUAUUUGAAAAGCUUGGCAUAUGUCUAUCGUUCCCUUAAUUAAUACUGAUAUCAGAGGCCUUUUUUUUUUAAAAUAGAAGUAUCCAUAUUUGUAGUAUGUGCUGUGUUAUGAUUACUUUUGUCUGCUUGACUGAUGAAUGAAGACUGGUUCCAGACUGUAUGACUUCAUUAAAUGAAAAUGGUAUACAAUUCUUACGUAUACACAGUGCAGAGACUCUUUCUUUCUUCUUGACUACUGUUUGUACAAGCAUAGUACUUCAGUUUUGCAAAGAUCACUGUAAUGUUCCUGUGUGACUCCCUCAGCAUGACCACAUCCCUGUGAAACAAAAUGCUGGAUUUGAGAGAUGGGUACAAAAAAAAACUACAAAUUAAUAUUAUAAUUAUAUGAUAUUCUUCACAUCCUGAAUAUUUUAACAAUUUAAACACUUAAUGUCUGUGAUGUGCUACUGGACAUGUGCAAUUUUUGUGUUUCUUAGUUAGCUUAGUUAUCUUGAAUAUUUUCAUUCAUUGUGAGACUUUCUUGUCAUUUUGCAUCAAUUGAUGUGUUGUUUGUUUUGUUUUUCUAUGAUUAAAUCAAAAGUGUGAGCAUUUAA